AACCCUAAAACCUCUCAAACAAACCCCCCUGAUAUAUUACUUUCUUUUCACACACGUCCAGACACCAAAUCAACCCUAACCCAGAAGUCUCUUUCCCGACUUCUCUCUGUGUUGUUCGCUUUACCUUCUUCCUUGUUCACUCUCUCUCUCUCAUUUAUUUAUUUACAGCCUAUUUGAGCUUAAAUUUGGGGAAUGGAGGUGGGUAUUUUCAGCUCCGAUGUGGUUGCCAUGGAGAGGAUGAUGUUUUGCUCUGCUGUGGAAGCUGUGGUGGUUGACACCGUUUUGGCUGCACAAAGAUCUCUUGCUUGCCUUUUCAUGACAGGAUCUCUGCUGAAGGAUGUCAACAUGUUGCCUAAAUUUACUGGAAUUGAUGAAAGGUUUCCCAUGGAUCAACUACAUAAAACGAAACAGGUGGUCGACCCUGAAAAUGAAGAUGGUAGUGAUUCGGAUAAUGAUGAUGAAGAUGAUGACGACGACGAUGAUGUAGAGGAGCCAGAAGAUGAUGCAGGCGAUGAUGAUUUCUCAGGUGGAGAAGGUGGGGAGGAUGAUGAUGAAGGGGAUCCAGAAGAAGAUCCCGAGGCAAAUGGUAAUGGUGGCAGUGAUGACGAGGAUGACGAUGAUGACGAUGGCAACGAGGAUGACGACGAUGAGGACGAGGACGAGGACGAAGAUGAGGAGGAAGACGAAGAGGAGGAUGUUCAACCACCCGCUAAGAAGAGGAAGUGAAAGUCGUCGAUGGUUAUUCACUUUCUUUUUCUUUUUUAAUUAUUUUUUUUUCCUGUUCUUGGUUGGUUUAGGAGUAUGUAGUAGGAAAGGGAAGGUUUAGCUUAUCUGUCUUCAUAAAGUAGGAAAUUAACCAUCCCUGUUCAGAAUGAACUUUUCUGCCUGUUGUUGUGUGACAGAUGGUUAUAUGUUCCAUUUUGUAGAAUGGAUUGGUAUUUUAGAAUUUUAUGUUAUGUGACUUUCCAUGGGA